CCGUCGCCACUGCCGGCUCACCGUCGCUCCGGUCCUCGGCCCUCAGCCCCGCCCCCGGAGAGCCGAGGCUUCUUGGACUGGUGUCGGUGGUUCCCUUCUACUUACCGUCUUCUUCACCACCAUGCCGCUGUACGAAGGUCUGGGGAGCGGCGGGGAGAAAACGGCCGUGGUAAUAGACCUAGGAGAAGCCUUUACCAAAUGUGGAUUUGCUGGAGAAACUAGUCCACGAUGCAUAAUUCCUAGUGUGAUAAAAAAAGCUGGCUUGCCUAAGCCUGUCAAAGUUGUUCAAUAUAAUAUCAAUACAGAAGAAUUAUAUUCCUACCUGAAGGAAUUCAUCCACAUCCUGUAUUUCAGGCAUCUGUUGGUGAAUCCCAGAGACCGCCGAGUUGUGGUUAUUGAGUCAGUACUUUGUCCUUCCCACUUCAGAGAGACACUCACUCGUGUUCUUUUCAAGUAUUUUGAGGUUCCAUCUGUCUUGCUUGCUCCAAGUCACCUAAUGGCUCUUCUGACACUUGGCAUAAACUCUGCCAUGGUCCUGGAUUGUGGAUAUAGGGAAAGCCUGGUGUUACCUAUAUAUGAAGGAAUCCCAGUACUAAAUUGUUGGGGAGCACUCCCCCUAGGAGGAAAAGCUCUUCACAGGGAGUUGGAAACUCAAUUAUUGGAACAAUGUACUGUUGAUACAAGCGCUGCUAAAGAACAGAGCCUUCCUUCUGUGAUGGGUUCAAUUCCAGAAGGAGUCUUAGAGGAUAUUAAAGUGCGCACUUGCUUUGUAAGUGAUCUGAAGCGUGGACUGAAAAUCCAAGCAGCAAAAUUUAAUAUUGAUGGAAAUACUGAACGUCCCUCACCGCCCCCAAAUGUUGACUACCCGUUGGAUGGAGAGAAGAUUUUACAUGUCCUUGGAUCAAUCAGAGAUUCAGUUGUGGAAAUUCUUUUUGAACAAGAUAACGAAGAGAAAUCAGUGGCAACUUUAAUACUGGAUUCCCUUAUACAGUGCCCAAUAGAUACCAGGAAGCAACUGGCAGAGAACGUGGUAGUCAUAGGUGGCACAUCUAUGUUGCCAGGAUUUCUCCAUAGGUUGCUUGCAGAAAUAAGGUAUUUGGUAGAAAAACCAAAAUAUAGAAAAGCACUUGGCACCAAGACAUUCCGGAUUCAUACUCCACCUGCAAAAGCUAACUGUGUGGCCUGGUUGGGAGGAGCUAUUUUUGGAGCACUACAAGACAUACUUGGGAGCCGUUCAGUCUCAAAGGAAUAUUAUAAUCAGACAGGCCGUAUUCCUGAUUGGUGUUCUCUUAAUAAUCCACCUUUGGAAAUGAUGUUUGAUGUCGGGAAAGCGCAACCACCUCUGAUGAAGAGAGCAUUUUCCACUGAGAAAUAAAAAUUUGAGUAAAUUCAACUUUGCUUCAUUUCAAAUAUCAGACAAUUACAAGCAAACUGUACAAAGUAUGUAAGAUGCUGUUAGAGAUGACUUUUGUGGAAGUAAAAACAUUUCCAUAGUUACUCUUCGCAUUGAUGUUUAAUUCAUUUGACUUUUUUUUUUUCUUGUGUAGUGGUAAAAUGUUAGCUGAUGCUUAUGAAAUUUGUUGUAUUUAUAUCAAUAAAAUAUAGUAAAGCAGUUUAGUUUUGGAA